AUGGGUAACACAGAGAGUAAUGUAACGAGUGGUGUGAAGAAGCAAGCGGGAACAUCGGAGCAAAAGCUUUAUAAGCUCGUUGACGUGAAAGGUGGAGGUCUACUGGUAGAUAUGAUGAAGAGAGCUGUGCAGAACAAACAGUAUGCUGAAAUUGAUCACGCCAUUAAAACAAAGGUGGAACCAUUUCUGUACAAUAAAGGUAAAGGACGCUACUGUCCCAUAUCGCAUAUCGUUCUGCUGAGAAAUAAGGAAAGACCUAGGCAUAAACUGUUGCCACCUUUAAGAGGCAUGGAAAAUCCCGAUGAAGAGUUUGAUGUAGAAAAGGAUUGGCCUGUUGUGACACAAGAAGAAUAUGACGCAAACCCUUCAGGUUAUAGAGAGCUGUGCUGGGACUUGAAGGAGCGUGGGGCUGUUGGAGAAACAGUACUUCAUAUCUGCCUCUUGAACGCCUCAUCUCUACAUUCUGACUUGGCGAAGAGACUGUUGCGAUUCUAUCCGAAGUUGAUCAACGAUGUGUACAUGAGCGAUGAAUAUUAUGGCGAAAGCGUACUACACAUGACGAUAGUGAAUGAGGACUUAACUAUGGUGAAGUUCUUACUGGAUGCAGGCGCGGACUACCACGAGCGGUGCUACGGCAACUUCAUGUGUCCAGAAGACCAGAAGGCCUCUCGCUCCGAUUCCCUCGACCACGAAUGGGUUAAUGUUCAGCCCAACACUAACUAUGACGGCUACGUGUACUGGGGGGAAUACCCACUCAGCUUUGCAGCGUGCCUGGGGCUCGAAGAAUGCUACCGACUUAUCUUGGCGCGAGGAGCAGACCCCGAUAAGCAAGACACCAAUGGCAAUACUGUUCUACAUAUGCUCAUUAUAUACGACAAAAUGAGCACAUUCGACAUGGCAUACGAAGUGGGCGCGUCACUAAGCAUCCGCAACGUUUUAAACUUGACACCUCUAACCCUAGCCGCUAAGCUGGCUCGUAUUGAGCUGUUUGUUCACAUUCUGAACAUCGAACGCGAGAUCUACUGGCAGAUAGGGGCCACCACCUGCGCCGCCUACCCGCUCGGACUGGUUGACACUAUUGAUACCGAGACUGGAUUGAUUUGUAAGGAUUCGGCGCUUAAUUUGGUCGUGUUCGGUGAAAAAGAUGAACAUUUAGAGCUCCUAGACGGCAUGCUGAUCGAUCUUUUGAAGACCAAAUGGAACACGUUCGUGAAGUUUCGUUUCUACCGCCGUUUUAUAUUCUUUUCGUUUUACUUCCUGGUGUCAUUGGUUUGUUUUACUUUACGUCCGGGUCCGCCGGAAAGAACCACCAACUCCACUGUUUUAAACACUACGGUUGUCCAUAACAUUAACUAUACAGAAGCAACUUCAGAUGUUGAGAAUUGUACGAUUAUAAAUGGCGGAGAGUUUGACUCAAGUGCUGUGGAGGUGUUGAAUAUUAGCAAGCCCGGUCCACGCUGCAGCCGCUUUAAAAGUCAUCCGAAAGAUAAAGAUAAAAGUACAGAACCACGACGAGAGAAUGAUAUGGAGGGCUGGUGGGAAGAUCUUACUGAAGAGUGUAGACUCAUGAAUCUUGAUAGUUGGCAAGCGAAAGUCAGAAUUUCCGGCGAAUUGCUGUUGUGGGUGGGAGCGUUGGCUUACAUAGGAGCCGCAUUACGAGAAGCAAGAUUCUUAGGAUUGAAAAUGUUCUUUGAAAAUCUAAGCACGGUUCCUUCAAGAGUUAUGUUUUUAUUCUCCUGUCUACUAAUGCUGGCGUUGCCAACUCUGAGACUCUGGUGUGCUGAUGAAGAGGAGGAUCACGUAGCUGUCAUUAUCAUGCUUACCACUGCUCCCUAUUUCUUAUUCUUUUGUAGGGGUUUCAAAACCGUCGGCCCGUUCGUUGUGAUGAUAUAUCGCAUGGUGAUGGGAGAUCUUUUGCGUUUCGUUUGCAUAUACCUUGUAUUCGUAAUGGGUUUUUCACAAGCGUAUUAUGUAAUAUUCUUAUCAUUUGACAAUCCUAACACGCCGGAGGGAGUAGAUGAUUCGGUCUCAAACCCCAUGCCCUCGCCGAUGGAGAGCAUAAUGGCUAUGUUCCUUAUGUCACUGACGUCAUUCUCGGACUAUUAUAGCGCAUUUGAACAUACAGACCAUGAAAUUGAAGCAAAGUUCCUAUUCGUGCUAUACAUGAUAAUAGUAGCGAUACUCCUGGUGAACAUGUUGAUAGCAAUGAUGGGGAAUACGUAUCAGAAGAUAGCAGAGACACGCAACGAGUGGCAGCGGCAAUGGGCGCGCAUUGUGCUUGUUGUGGAGCGGGGCGUGCCGCCGGCGCAGAGGCUAAAGCAACUCUUGACUUACAGCCAACCGAUGGCAAACGGGAAGAGGGCGCUAGUGUUGCGGAUCAAUCAGAAGGAUGAAGAUAAGGAAGAGAUGAAGGAAAUCUUAGAAAUGAAGCGAACACACGACCGCAUCGUAGCAAAGCGGAAACAACGCGAGGCGGAAAUGAAGGGGAUGAAAGGACGUCCGCCACCGGAGCCCGUCAAAGAUUAUCCCAUUAAAAAAUAA